AUGGGGUUCUGGCUUUUUUCAAUCUAUAUGGUCAUUUCAGUGUCAUUCUUAUUUGUCCUUCUCUGUGUAAACCCUCAUGGAACUGGCCCUCUCUCAUACUUAAGCAGAUUUUUUUACGUCAAGCUUCCUGCAUUUUUUGACAGAAUCUCUCUUAAAAUUUUAGGACCUAUGGGGAAAUCAAAAAUUUCCUAUUAUGCUCUUUACAUAUUUAAUCGUCCAAAUCCCUUUUUCCAGCUAACUUAUUUAUCAUUAAGCUUAGGCGGCUAUUACAUUUUCUACGCUCAAGCUUUCCCUUUUAUCCCAAAUCCUCUAGUUCCAGCUAUUCACAUGUAUCUUGGCUCUAUAAUGUACUUAUACCAUUACCUAAUAGCUAUUUAUAAAUAAAUUUUCUAUUAAUCCUAUUUUAUAAAAUAGUAUACUGGCUUUAUGCACCUUUUUUGCAGCCUGUUGGAAAUCUCCAGGAAAAGUCACCCAAAAUAACUACAAAAAAUAUUUAAGCUUAUUCCCAUAUGACAACAUUUUAUUUAAAGAGAACUCUUGCACUACCUGCAAACUCCAAAAGCCGGCCAGAUCUAAACAUUGCUCAGUGUGCGAAGGCUGCGUUCCAAAAAUGGAUCAUCAUUGUGUCUGGAUAAACCAAUGUGUAGGCUACGGCAAUUACAAAUUUUUCCUGGCUUUUCUAUUGUCACACAGUGUUAUCUGCUUAUAUGCGUCUAUGAUCGGAUUUAUGAUAUUUGCAUAUAUAACUCUUUCAGAAAGACUUUUUACCACAGUUUUUACAGAUAGAGAAGGAAAUAGGGUAUCAGGCAGCUGGAUUGUGGUUUUUCAAUAUUUGAUACAAGAGCACCAAAAGUUAUUUUUCGCUGAAAGCUUGUGCCUUGUUGUAGGAAUUUUACUGGGAGGCUUUUUCCUAUACCACUUGCUGCUGGUGAAAAAUAAUACGACAUCAAAUGAAAGGAUGAAAAGGCUGGACUUGCAGAUUGACGACAAAAAAGCACAUUUAUUGAAUCAGCCGAAUAUUUAUAAUCGUGGUUUUUUGAAGAAUUUAGAAGAAGUUAUUGAUGCUGAGCCAUUUUAA